GGGGCGCAGACGGCGGCCGAGACGCAGACGAGGCCCGGCGGGCGCGCGGCCGCAGGCUCCAAAGAAGAAGCUACUGAGGCCCAGAGAGGCCCACACACAGUGAGCGGCCGAGGGAAAGAUCCCCAUAGGGGUCCGACACUGCACCACCAACUAAAACCCAUGAAAGGAGCCCGGUGAUGCUGCCCAGGCUGUGAACAGGGAAGGCGGCGCUGUGGGGGCUGCCGGCAGCCAGGGCCGGGGAGAGACAUGUGGACACGUGGCCUCUAUGGCUCCCGCCUGCCAGAUCCUCCGCUGGGCCCUCACCCUGGGGCUGGGCCUCACAUUCGAGGUCACGCACGCCUUCCGGUCUCAAGAUGAGUUCCUGUCCAGUCUGGAGAGCUAUGAGAUCACCUUCCCCACCCGAGUGGACCACAACGGGGCACUGCUGGCCUUCUCGCCCCCGGCCCCCCGGAGGCAGCGCCGGGGCACAGGGCCCGCGGCAGAGUCCCGCCUCUUCUACAAGGUGGCUGCACCCAGCACCCACUUCCUGCUGAACCUGACCCGCAGCCCCCGCCUUCUGGCAGGGCAUGUCUCCGUGGAGUACUGGACUCGAGAGGGCCUGGCCUGGCAGAGGGCCGCCCGGGCCCACUGCCUCUACGCUGGCCACCUGCAGGGCCAGGCCGGCAGCUCCCGUGUGGCCAUCAGCACCUGUGGGGGCCUGCACGGCCUGAUUGUGGCAGACGAGGAAGAAUACUUGAUAGAACCUCUGCAAGAUGGGCCAAAGGGAGCCCGGGGCCCAGAGGAGAGUGGCCCACACGUGGUGUACAAACGUUCCUCCCUGCGCCACCCCCACCUGGACACAGCCUGUGGAGUGAGAGACGAGAAACCGUGGAAGGGGCGGCCGUGGUGGCUGCGCACCCUGAAGCCGCCGCCUGCCAGGCCGCUGGGCAACGAGACAGAGCGUGGCCAGCCAGGCCUGAAGCGCUCGGUCAGCCGGGAGCGCUACGUGGAGACCCUGGUGGUGGCGGACAAGAUGAUGGUGGCCUACCACGGGCGCCGAGACGUGGAGCAGUACGUGCUGGCUAUCAUGAACAUUGUUGCCAAACUUUUCCAGGACUCAAGUCUGGGCAACAUCGUUAAUAUCCUGGUGACACGCCUUAUCCUGCUCACGGAGGACCAGCCUACCCUGGAGAUCACCCACCACGCCGGGAAGUCCCUGGACAGCUUCUGUAAGUGGCAGAAAUCCAUUGUGAACCGCAGCGGCCAUGGCAAUGCCAUUCCGGAGAACGGCGUGGCCAACCAUGACACAGCCGUGCUCAUCACGCGCUAUGACAUCUGCAUCUACAAGAACAAACCUUGCGGCACACUAGGCCUGGCCCCUGUGGGCGGGAUGUGCGAGCGGGAGAGAAGUUGCAGCAUCAAUGAGGACAUCGGCCUGGCCACCGCAUUCACCAUCGCCCAUGAGAUCGGACACACGUUUGGCAUGAACCAUGACGGCGUGGGGAACAGCUGCGGGGCCCGUGGCCAGGACCCAGCCAAGCUCAUGGCCGCCCACAUCACCAUGAAGACCAACCCGUUCGUAUGGUCAUCCUGCAGCCGCGACUAUAUCACCAGCUUUCUGGACUCGGGCCUGGGGCUCUGCCUGAACAACCGGCCCCCCAGGCAGGACUUCGUGUACCCAACGGUGGCGCCCGGCCAGGCCUACGACGCGGAUGAGCAGUGCCGCUUCCAGCACGGAGUCAAAUCGCGUCAGUGUAAAUACGGGGAGGUCUGCAGCGAGCUGUGGUGUCUGAGCAAGAGCAACCGGUGCAUCACCAACAGCAUCCCGGCCGCCGAGGGCACGCUGUGCCAGACACACACCAUCGACAAGGGGUGGUGCUACAAGCGGGUGUGCGUCCCCUUCGGGUCGCGGCCGGAGGGCGUGGACGGGGCCUGGGGCCCGUGGACCCCGUGGGGCGACUGCAGCCGGACGUGCGGCGGCGGGGUGUCCUCCUCCAGCCGGCACUGCGACAGCCCCAGGCCAACCAUCGGGGGCAAGUACUGCCUGGGCGAGAGGCGGCGGCACCGCUCCUGCAACACGGACGACUGUCCCCCAGGCUCCCAGGACUUCAGGGAAAUGCAGUGCUCUGAAUUUGACAGCGUCCCCUUCCGUGGAAAAUUCUACACGUGGAAGACAUACCGAGGAGGGGGCGUGAAGGCCUGCUCCCUCACGUGCCUCGCAGAAGGCUUCAACUUCUACACAGAGAGGGCGGCAGCCGUGGUGGACGGGACGCCCUGCCGCCCGGACACAGUCGACAUUUGUGUCAGCGGCGAGUGCAAGCAUGUGGGCUGCGACCGGGUGUUGGGCUCUGACGUGCGGGAGGACAAGUGUCGAGUGUGCGGGGGAGACGGCAGUGCCUGUGAAACCAUCGAGGGGGUCUUCAGUGCAGCCCUGCCUGGGGCCGGGUACGAGGAAGCCGUCUGGAUCCCCAAAGGCUCCGUCCACAUUUUCAUCCAGGACCUGAACCUCUCCCUCAGUCACCUGGCCCUGAAGGGGGACCAGGAGUCCUUGCUGCUGGAGGGGCUGCCCGGGACCCCCCAACCCCACCGCCUGCCCCUGGCCGGGACCACCUUUCAGCUGAGACAGGGGCCAAAUAACACGCAGAGCCUAGAAGCCCUGGGACCCGUUAACGCAUCUCUCAUCGUCAUGGUACUGGCCCGGACAGAGCUGCCCGCCCUCCGCUACCGUUUCAAUGCGCCCAUCGCCCGCGACGCACUGCCCCCCUACUCCUGGCACUACGCGCCCUGGACCAAGUGCUCGGCCCAGUGUGCGGGCGGCAGCCAGGUGCAGGCCGUGGAGUGCCGCAAUCAGCUGGACAGAUCGGCCGUGGCCCCCCACCACUGCAGCGCCCACAGCAAGCUGCCCAAGAGACAGCGCGCCUGCAACACAGAGCCCUGCCCGCCCGACUGGGCCGUGGGAAACUGGACGCGCUGCAGCCGCAGCUGUGACGCGGGCGUGCGCAGCCGCUCGGUCGUGUGCCAGCGCCGCGUGUCAGCCGCCGAGGAGAAGGCGCUGGACGACAGCGCGUGCCCGCAGCCGCGCCCACCCGUCCUGGAGGCCUGCCACGGCCCCGCCUGCCCGCCCGAGUGGGCCGCCCUGGACUGGUCGGAGUGCACCCCCAGUUGCGGGCCGGGCCUCCGCCACCGCGUGGUCCUUUGCAAGAGCGCAGACCACCGCGCCACGCUGCCCCCCGCGCACUGCUCGCCCGCAGCCAAGCCGCCAGCCACCAUGCGCUGCAACUUGCGUCGCUGCCCCCCGGCUCGCUGGGUGGCGGGCGAGUGGGGCGAGUGCUCCGCGCCCUGCGGCGUUGGGCAGCAGCAGCGCAUCGUGCGCUGUUCCAGCCACACCGGCCAGCCGUCGCGUGAGUGCGCCGAGGCGCUGCGGCCACCCACCACGCAGCAGUGCGAGGCCAAGUGCGACAGCGCGCCCCCUGGUGACGGCCCCGAAGAGUGCAAGGAUGUGAACAAGGUCGCCUACUGCCCCCUGGUGCUCAAAUUUCAGUUCUGCAGCCGAGCCUACUUCCGCCAGAUGUGCUGCAAAACCUGCCAGGGCCGCUAGGGGGCGCGCGGCCCUCGGAGCCACAGCUGGGCGCCGGCUAGGGGGGACCCAGCCUGCAGCUGGCCAGCCUGAAGGAGCCCGAGGGGGCGGGAGCUGGGAGUGAAGGGUGAGAUGGAGCCGGAAGUUAUUUAUUGGGAACCCCUGCAGGGCCUCUGGCGGGGGGAUGGA